AUGUCAACAGGAGCGUAUUCCCAAAAUGAGAUCGAAAGACUAGCCGAUUCAAUCGUCUCGUUGGAUCCAGCCUCAGCAGACCAAAGCCCUAUGAGAACUGAUGCAAGCUCUACACAAGACAACCAGGAAGACAACGAAAAUCGUAUGGAGGAUGGACAAGGGCCGGCGAAGGGUAUGGUGGAGUCCGGCGCCAACGAGCAGGGCGCAUGCCACCAUCAAUUCUACACUGAACUGCCGAUCAGGCUUGUCUUGUUAGACUUUGAAGUCGAGAAGGAGCUCCGCUUCGCCUUGACCGAGCUCUGCGAGCACUCCGUCCGGAACAACAUGAACAUGGUCUCACUGCUCAAUCACUCAAAUCAUCCCCACCACGCUCUGUCGGAGUCAAUCGACCAGAACGCCGUCGAUUUCUUUAACCAAUCUAUUACUCAAUCUAGGAUCACUACUGACCUCCGCAGCCCAAACUUCAAACACUCUCAUCAUAAUCUCCCAAAUCACGAUGGUAACCUCCAUAAUCAGAAUCCUACCAGCCUUCAGCCUGAGUUUUGGUGGUUUCUCCAGUUUAUCAAGCAGCAGGAAGGAGAGGAGGAGGUUGGGGAGACGAAGGAGGAAGAGGGGGGACGAGCGGGCCGGCUAGAGAUCAGCACCUCGCAUCCAAAUUUCUACGAGUUCUCAAACAGCCAUCCGGGGUACCUAGCCGACGUCCUGAACUCAUUACGAGCAGGCGAGAGAGGGGUAUUGGAGCGGUUUGUGGUGACGGUACGGUAUAGACGAAGGAGCGAGGCCUUCAGGGCGCUCGGUCAUCUCCUUGGACUCACCCGUCACUAUCAUCCCUCUUCACUCUCUGCCGGUACGCAUGAUUCAAAAAAAAACUACCGGAAAAACGGCUUCAGUCCGGGCGCCACAUGGGAUCCUAGAGCCUGCCAAGCCAUCGUUGACCUCUUACAUCAGAGACACGAAACUUGUAACUUCGACUCCCUGGGACUCAUGGUCGACUGCUCUAGGAACGGCGUUCUCAAAGUCCAGAGAGUCAAGGAACUCUGUAGGUUUAUCGCCCUGAUGGGCUUGAACGUCUUGCAGUUGUACACCGAGGACACCUACCAGAUCCAAGGCGAACCUUUUUUCGGCUACUUUCGCGGCCCUUACACCCAGCUCGAGCUGAAAGAAAUCGACGAUUACGCUUAUGAACUCGGAAUAGAAGUAGUUGCAUGUAUUCAAACAUUGGGUCAUCUUGGCCAGAUGCUCCAGUGGCCUCGGUUUGGCGGGAUGAGAGAUACAAAUGAAAUCCUGCUUGUUGGAAGCCAGGAAACAUAUGGCUUUAUUGAGAAAAUGAUUCAGGCGAUCACUAGCCCUCUUAGAAGUAAGAAGAUUCAUAUCGGAAUGGAUGAAGCUCAUGGAGUUAGUGAAGGCAGGUAUCGACAACUGUUUGGGGACAAAGAUAGCUGUCAAGUCUUUACGGAUCACUUGAAUAAGGUUAAUCAAAUCUGUGCAAAGAUGGGUUUGAGGCCUAUGAUCUGGUCUGAUAUGCUGUUCUGUCUAGCGGCUAAGAAUAACUCUUUGGGCGGGUACUACGACUCAAGUAACCCGGCAACACCCGAAUUAGUCCAAUCCAUCCCGCCGGAAAUCGAGCUUGUCUAUUGGGAUUAUUAUCACACUACCUCGGCUCCUUAUGUCAACAAGAUCAACCAGCACCGGGAUCUUAAUUUUAAGUCGCCAGCCAUGGCCAGUGGCAUCUGGACCUGGUCGAGAUUUUGGACCGCUUUGCCGUUUACGAUUGAGACGAUUACGGCGAGUAUGAAAGCUAUUAAGAAUCCCCAGUCGGGUGUCAAGCAUGCCCUUACCACGAUCUGGGGAGACGAAGGAAAUGAAUGUGAUAUUUGGUCAGCAUUACCUGGGCUGUUGUUCUAUUCAGAACAUGCUUAUUCGGCCAAGUCGGAGAUCGAUGUCCGGCUCUUGAAAAGCAAGUUCGACGGGAUCUGUGGCGGAUCGUUUGAUGACUUUGUCUUCGCUUCCAAGCUCGAUGACUUGCAACCUGAGAACCAGUUGAUCGAUGAUAAAGCUCGGUUUACGCCUAAUCUUAGUAAAUGGUUGAUUUGGGAAGAGCCUUUCUUUUCGAUUUUAUCGCCUCAAUACGCUGGAUACGAUCUCGAAACGCACUACAACCGGCUAUCGAAAUAUUUAGAUGAGGCGAUGGGAGGCGGGGGAAGAUUAGAAAACGCGCACAAUGCAAGAGGGCAUGAAUGGACGAGGACGAUGGAACACCCGUUGAACUCGCGGCUGAUGCUACCGAACCUGAUUGCCAAGGUGCUGGGAUUAAAGUGCCAUCUCCGGGACCGAUUGGUGCACGCCUAUCGACAGAAUGAUCGCGAGGAACUCGUUGCGCUUGCCGGUCCGGGCCCGCUCUCGAGACUUAGUCGAUUGAGGGCAUUGUGCGAUCAGACCUGGAAGUACCAUCGGGACUUGUGGAUGUUGAUGUAUAAACCGUUUGGAUGGGAGGUCUUGGAUCUACGCUAUGGUGGACUGAGGGCCCGACUGGAAAGCAUGCACGAACGGCUAAUGGCCUAUCUCGAUCCAUGUAACUCGUCCGUCGUGCGGAUCGAGGAGCUUGAAGUGGAGACAGAGCUAGUCUAUCCGACCAGUGGUGCGGUGAUGAUGCUUGAUUACCAUCGUGUCAGUCGGCCACAAUAUUGUUGA